UUGGAUGACUUGAAUGCGAGGUGUGCGCAGUAUAAAAAGGACGGAGCGCAAUUUGCGAAGUGGCGUUGCGUCCUCAAGAUAGGCUCUCAUACGCCGUCGCAUAUAGCGAUGCUUGAAAAUGCAAACGUGUUGGCACGCUAUGCAAGCAUUUGUCAGCAGCAUGGCAUCGUACCCAUUGUCGAGCCCGAGAUAUUGCCCGACGGUGAUCACGACAUCGCGCGUUGCCAGAAAGUUACUGAAACUGUCCUUGGCUAUGUUUACAAGGCUUUGAAUGAUCACCAUGUGUUCCUGGAGGGGACACUGCUGAAACCGAAUAUGGUCACUCCGGGACAGGCUUGCAAAACUAAAUGCAGCCACGAAGAGAUAGGCAAAGCAACCGUCACCGCUUUGCAGCGGACGGUGCCUGUUGCAGUACCUGGUGUUGUUUUCUUGUCUGGUGGACAAUCCGAAGAAGAUGCAACGCAAAAUCUGAAUGCCAUUAAUCAGUAUAUUGGUAAGAAACCAUGGGCUCUAACGUUUAGUUUUGGUCGGGCUUUGCAAGCAACAGCAUUGGUUACUUGGAAGGGUCAGGAUGCAAAUGUACCGGCGGCGCAGACCGAGUUUCUAAAGCGAGCAAAGGCCAAUGGUUUGGCUUCGAUUGGAAAAUACUCUGGGGAAUUUGCGUCUGAUAAGGCGAAGGAGAGUUUGUUCGUCGCCGCACAUGCGUACUAA